AAGGAGAGAGCAGCGAGGGCAGGAUUGAUUUACUCGCUGUAUUGGUAAAUAUGACCACGUGAUCCAUGUAACCAAUCCCUGUAGAUGCAGGCCAGCAAAAAAUACUAUGAUUGUUCAUAGAGGGAAGCUUCCCGUAACAGAGCAACCCUUAUUAUAUGAGUAGGAAGAGAUCAAAAAUGUCUUCCAGUGGCACUCUCAGUAACUGCUAUGUGGACGCUAUCAUGGGGCAGGAGCCGGAGGAUGUGUACGGCGCUCGCUUUCUCCAGGCUCCACACAUGGUGACCCCGAGGCCGGCAGGUGCUGGGGCGGACAACGCGGACUUCUCCUCUUGCAAUUUUGCGCCCAAAUCGGCCGUUUUCUCGUCGUCCUGGCCCUCGGUGCACCCGCAGGGGAUUUAUCAUCCGUACGUGCACCACCACCACCACCACCACCAGUCCCACCUCCCCGCCUCGGACGGCAGAUAUGUCGGCGUCCGCUCCUGGAUGGACCCCAUCUCCAACCACGUUUCGUUCGCCGGAUUUCACUCCGGCGGCCGGCCGUACGGGACCAAGCCGGACGUCCUGCCGCCGAAAGCCGCCGAGUGCGACGCCCUGGAGGCAGAGGCUCCCCGGCCGCUCGCCGGAGAGUUCGCGUGCGGAGCGUCGGAGUGUCCGGAGAAGGCGAGCAGGGAGCUCAGCGGGAGCGAGCUGUCCAGCCACAGCGAGCCCAGAGAGGAGAAACAACAACAACUUGACCCAAACAAUCCUGCGGCGAACUGGAUUCACGCCCGCUCGACGAGAAAGAAGCGGUGCCCGUACACUAAAUAUCAGACUUUGGAGCUGGAGAAGGAGUUCCUCUACAACAUGUAUUUGACGAGAGACCGGCGCUACGAGGUGGCCCGCAUCCUCAGUUUAACCGAGAGACAAGUGAAGAUCUGGUUCCAGAACAGGAGGAUGAAAAUGAAGAAGAUGAACAGAGAGAGGAGCGGAAAGGAUCACCUAUGAAACCCUCCCCGCUGCUGCUGCUGCUGCUGCUGCUGCUGCUGCCGUCCUCACACACUCUCAUGUUUGUACCAAGGAAGCCAUCUGAACUAUUUUACAUUUAUUUUGGUAGGAGCCCCGGUAGCCAUUUUUAUUAUUUUUAAUAUUAUUGUUAUUUUUCUAGCGUGUCAGUGUCAAAACGUGUUGGCCGGAGCGAUGCAUCAAAACGUGCAGGAGUUCGUCCGGAUUCUGUUUCAGGCCAUCUGAAAUGAUCUGUGUGAUUU